AUGGACGUUGGCCACGGAGGCCUGCGCAGGCAGGCUUUCGCCAGACUGGCGGGCUUGUCGUCACGUCCAUCUCCUAACAAAGACGCGGAGUUCAAGCGAUUGGCUUCUUCAAUAUCGCCAGCCAAAGCCCAAACAAAUGGCGUCCUCGAAGGAGUCCUCCGAGCCAUCGCACCCACAUCUCGAGCACACAUGUCCUUACGUGAGUUUGAGAUUCUGUUGGCUCUUUGCGCAAGCGCCCACGACCUACACGACUACAGUCAUGCGGAACGGUUGACCUUCCAGCUCAUAGCGUAUCUGCCUGAAGCUCAUACACAGCUAUUUGCUGCCUCACCGUUUCUGCAUGAAAUCAAGCCGGCGCCAUGGACAGUGCUUACGCAUCAGCUCUCGGAAGCCCUCCUUAUCCUUGGUCUUAGAUUUCCUCCACUCAAGGAUCGUAUUGCGACUGCGUUCAGGACAUACCUGAGCAAUUGGUCUCAGUGCGCAGCUGCACUGGCGUCUAGUGCCAGACUUGGUGAAGAAGAUGAAGACAAUGAAUAUGAGGCUAGGGAGAUUGCCGCGGUCACGGUCUCGCUGCUUGGCUUCAUGGAUGCGGCGGCAUCACACGAGAACUUCUGGUCCUCCUACGAAAGAGUUGAGAUGAUCCGCUCACUAAAGGAUGCCUUGUCUGAAGCCUUUCUUAUUGCCGUCGAGACCGCUUCCUCUGCUAUUAGAACCUCUGCUUCCUCGGAACAAGCCACGAGAGACUGGAGGAGAUACCUCAAGCGAUUCGCUGCACAGGGAAUCCCGGUUGGUGCAAUGAUGCUGCAGAAAGGUUUUAUGAAACUCGUCCUCGCUUGCACCGCUCGAAUGCUUUGUGAUGAACAUACUGUGCAAUGUGGUGACAUCCUUGAUCAGUAUAUUGCAGGGAGUCAUUUGCAUGGUGCCAAAGAUGAGCAUGUCACUGAUGACAUGGUCGAGUAUCUUGUCGAAGUUGUGACGGAUCAGAUAAAUGUUUUGGAAGAUGGCUCAGACUAUCUUCAACUGAGCUCCGCCUGGCAGCAGCGACUGGCUUUUUCGGUCAAGGCCUAUGCGUUGGAAGCUUUUCUGCACUGCGUUGUUUUAGACGACGACAUAGCAGACCCGGAAGAUCUCUUUGGAUGGCUGGAAGACUCUAUCGCAAAUCAAAUUCAGAUGGCUGAUCUCGAACUUGCUGACGUCGCACUGAAAAGUCUCGCAGUCGUUGCGAAGUUCAUACCGGAGUCAGCCUCAAAUUAUGCUCGAAUUCUACUUCGAUUUAUAGUACAGGGAACCUCACAGCCGCAAGCGGUCACUAUGGCCUCACAGAGUCUUUCCCACAUAUUGCGGAUGUUAUCGCAGGAUGCUGUGAUCACUACCAUCUACUCGCUCGGAAAUGUACUGAGCUCGCAGACGGCUGCAGAAAAGGGCUAUCAGCCCUCUGUGUUCCCCGAAGCAAAUGGUCAUUACGGUUCUCUUUCAUCUGCCUCAAGGCUGAGGACAGGCAGUGUCAUUUCACUGUCUAUCAGCGGCGAUGAAGAGACAUCCUUAGUUUGCGGCAAUGUUGCGCAUGCUAUUGUGGUUGUUGCGACUGAAUGCAAUGAUAGUAAAAUUACCGCGCUCGUGCAGAUGAUGAUGUUGCAGAAGAUCGGCAGGGUCAGUGUUGUCGUCGAUGCUCGUAUCGCGGAAGAGGCCGCCAAACUUGCUAUCCAUGGCAAAGACAACGAAUUCAGAGCAUUGUUACGACUUUACACCCGACUCCAUCAGGAGGCAGUCGCUCAGGAGAACAGAGCAAUCUUCAAUGCAGUCCGAAACGCACAAGAGUAUCUUGCCACGCAUUUGGACAGCAGAUCACCAUUAUUCAAGAUUUAUGCUGCUCACUUGCUAGAACGAAUUGUCAGCAAAGGCGAUGUCGUUGAAGGAGAGUUCAAACAGUCCGCCGAAGUAGAACAAGCCGCAAAGGAGAUAGCGCCUCUACUGAAGCCCCUUUCCAUACUUUCUUCUCGGAAGCCACCACUCCAGCAAGAUAAAGCGGAGGACAAUGAGGUUCUGACCCUUGCACGAGAAGUUUGGUACAACAUUGCUGUUCAUGGCAUUACCCUCCAAUCACGUAUUGGUCAACAAUUCUAUCACGAAUUAAGAAUCCUCGCAAUGAAUUCCUUGCCCUUGGUUGAUGAAGCCCGAGCAGAACUCCUCGAAUCAGAUGUCGAAUUGAACACCGUUCUUCGACGAGGAAUGAGCCCCCAGCAUACCGCCGAUCAAAAGAAGAAUCUUAUUGCUAUCAUUCCUGAGAAGGAAUCGGAUAUUCGUCAGAUGAGUUACCAGAAAGUUGUGUUUUUGAACACAGUUUUCUUGGUUGAAAGCCUCCGCGCAACGUCCGGGAGCUGUGCCGAGAUUCUCGACUAUUUUGCAGACCCGACCACCCAAACGAGCCACAUGGGUUCAUGCUUGGGCGUCGUUGCAUUUGAGGUUGUGAAGAGAUAUACCGACAAAGUGGUAUUGGCGCGAGAGGAAGAAUUCAGUGCGCCGUAUGCAUCCCGACAACUCGCUCAGAUUCUGAGUAAGUGCUGCCAUCGCAGCAGUAAGAUGCAGGAGGUCGCUAGGUUGGCUGCAAAUCAUAUAAUUGCUCAUGCUCCCUCGGCGUUGUGUCAGAAAGCAGCCUUGUAUGCUUUACUGGAGCUGCUUUCUCUGAUGUGGUCGAGCUGUCUUGAAGCUGAUUUGGACGAGUAUGAGUGGCGAUCCACACUAACUUCGUCUCGGGGCAAAGUAACAAUCGAGCUUUCGGACGAUUACGCGUACCGUCAACGCACUCUGAAUAAUUUGAACAACGAUGCAAGAAGGUGGGUUGCUAACGUUAUGGCAAUUGCACCUUUGGAUAUUAAAGGCCUCCUUCAAACUUACCUUUCCGAAUUCGAUGACACUGGAGCUUAUGGCCAUGUGUCGCUUGGAAGGUCGUUCGCACUUGAGAUGGGAUCGAUGACCCCUCCCUCAGACCAGAGACUCAAUGCUCUGGACAGAAAGGCAGAUUCCGUGAGUAUAAACAUGGGCUCUGAUUUCAUGGCUCAGUACACUACUCGACAAGAGUAUCGCUUUACGGGUAUUCCGGACCACCAGCGGGGUAUGCUUCAAAUGGAAAACUCUAUGGGUCGCAGGUUUUCUUUCACGAAAGCAUCCGCGAGCGAAACUACUGAUUUACAAGAGUCGUUGGCAAGCUUGCAUUCCCGGACAGGUCAGGGGACUCCUGUACAAACAUCUGAGGUUAAGGAUGUCUUGCGCCGGGCCGCAGCACUCCUGUGCCAAAGCAAAAAGUCACAGACCGCAAUAGUGCAUCACCUCGUCAGCAUACCCUUUGAGAUAUUCACAAAAGAAUCGAUCAAACUUGGGAUCUCGCUAUGGCUGGGUGUGAUUCACGAAAACAGCAGAAUGGAACCCCGGAUCCUGACAGAGGUAGUCCAAGCUUGGGAAAGAACGAUCGAUCGCAAGGAGGGCAUUUUUAAUCCCAGCUUCCACCACCCUGAUCCCUUCUACGUCAAGGAGGAAUUUGCUCCCUCUGAUAGGGCCGCCAUUCAAAGCCAGGCUCAAGCCACCCACAAUAUUAUCUCACCGCAUUUCCGAAUCAUACAGUUCUUCGAGAGUCAUUUCAAUGCGAUCAGGCUUGGAAGCGUCAACACGCAGCGAACAUUCCUUCGCAUGCUCGAGCGCACCCUUGUAGCCUUUUCAAAGCUGAACUGGCAUCCUCUCCUGCGAGAAACACAAUUUCACGUAGCAUUGUUCGCGUUGGGAGUCUAUAGAACAAGCACUACGACCAAUAAACUCUACCUAUGGAAGCUACGCGAUUUGAUUCUCUCCGUUGGGCUUCGUUGGUUUACGUAUCCUCCAACUUGGUCAUUCGGUGGAAAUCGUCUUCAGAUGAAGGCUGAAAUUCUGGUCAUGAGAGAAGUUCUGUCACAACUGGAAAAUUCAAGGCAACCAAUCUUUGCAUCAUCGAACACAAGGAAGGACACGCAACAGAAACAGCUCCUCCUUGAAACACUUCUUGCUCAUGAAAUCAGUCGUCUGACAGUGUGGCUUACACCUUUGGGUGCUGCUGGAUCCCAGCCUCGGUCGGAAGCGCAGCUGAGCGGUUUUGCACGUGUCGCAUGGGCAGAAGACGCAGCUCUUGCACUGCAGCUCUUGCAUCGUUCUGCCAGCGAUCAGCUUCGUCAAGAAGUCCGGUUCUUACUAACCAACUUUCCAGAAAAGACAAUUCAUGCUCCCGCAGGUAUUGAUUUACUAUUGGGUGACGCGCUACCGCCAGAUGUAUCAUUUCAGCUGAAAUAUUUGCUUUACUGGGCUCCCGUAAACCCAAUGCAGGCUGUAACAUAUUUCCUCCCUGCAUAUGGCAAUCAUCCACUGGUGCUUCAAUAUGCAAUGAGAGCACUUGAAAGCCACUCUGUCGAUGUCACCUUCUUCUAUAUUCCGCAAAUUGUUCAGAGUCUGCGAUAUGAUGUGCUUGGGUACGUUGAGCGAUACAUUGUCGAGGCUGGCAAACUCUCACAGCUUUUUGCUCAUCAAAUCAUUUGGAAUAUGAAAGCCAACGCUUACAAGGACGAGGACUCUCAAGAGCCGGAUCCUGUCAAACCAACCUUAGACAAGGUCAAGGACAGCCUUGUCUCAAGCUUUUCUGGCCCUGAUAAAGAUUUCUAUGAGAGAGAAUUCGCUUUCUUUGAUGAAGUUACUGACAUCUCUGGAAAGCUGAAGCCCUUUAUCAAGAAGAGCAAGCCAGAAAAGAAAGCCAAGAUUGAAGAAGAAUUACGUAAAAUCAAAGUCGAAGUGGGUGUCUACAUCCCUUGCAAUCCUGACGGCACGGUGGUUGGCAUUGAUCGAAAAUCCGGGAAGCCAUUGCAAUCUCACGCCAAGGCACCAUACAUGGCAACGUUCAGAAUCCGAAGGACAAAGGACGUCCUGCCUGAGAUUGGUGUCGAUGCGGGAGCGAUGGUUCCAAGAACCCCAACAAACCCUCGAAAAGCUCACAGCCGCAGGAACACGAGUGAUGUUUCUAACAUCGGACUAAACGAGAAUGAUUCGACAACAUAUGAAAUCUGGCAGAGUGCCAUCUUCAAAGUGGGUGACGAUUGCCGGCAAGACGUGCUUGCAUUACAAAUGAUCGCUGCCUUUAGAGGCAUUUUCAAUUCUAUUGGCCUCGAUGUCUACGUGUUUCCUUAUCAUGUUACCGCAACAGCACCCGGCUGCGGUGUCAUUGAAGUUCUGCCGAAUUCGAUCAGCCGUGAUAUGCUAGGCCGAGAAGCAGUGAACGGUUUACACGACUAUUUUAUUACCAAAUAUGGAGGCGAGCAUUCCGUGCGUUAUCAAGAGGCAAGAAGCGAGUUCGUCAAGAGUAUGGCAGCGUAUUCCGUGAUCAGCUAUCUCCUGCAAUUCAAAGACCGCCACAACGGAAAUAUCAUGAUCGACGACAAGGGACACAUCUUACACAUUGACUUUGGGUUUUGUUUCGAUAUUGCUCCGGGAGGAGUAAAGUUCGAACGUGCUCCUUUCAAACUUACUCCCGAGAUGAUUGCCGUCAUGGGUGGUGCAGAUCCGAACUCUUCUCAGUCUUACCGAUGGUUCGAAGAGCUUACAAUCAAAGCUUUCUUAAGCAGCAGGCAAUAUUGCGACAAGCUUAGUCAUCUUGUUAGUCUGAUGCUGGACAGUGGCCUCCCAUGCUUUAAGCCUGAAACCAUGCGCAAUUUCCGGAACCGAUUUGUUCUCGAAAAGACCGAUAAGGAGGCGGCGGAAUUUAUGCUUGCUUGCAUUAAAAAGAGUGCAGGGAAUGUAAGCACCAAGGUUUAUGAUGAAUUUCAACUUCUGACCAAUGGCAUCCCUUAUUAA